AUGUGCCUCAAAGCCUCCUCCAUCCUCCUCCUCCUCCUCGUGCUGGCCUCGGACUGUAUGGACUCGGUGAAGGCUUUGUUCCCCUUUGGGCAGCCCGAGUUCUCUUACAAGAGGAGCAACUGCAAACCCAUCCCUGCCACCUUACUGCUGUGCCAUGACAUUGAGUACCCGAACAUGAGGCUGCCCAACCUGCUGGGGCAUGAGACCAUGAAGGAGGUGCUGCAACAAGCCUCCUCCUGGAUCCCUCUGAUCCAGAAGCAGUGCCACCGGGACACCAAGAAGUUCCUGUGCUCCCUCUUCGCCCCCGUCUGUAUUGAUGACCUGGAUGAGACCAUCAAGCCGUGCCGCUCGCUGUGUGAGCAGGUGAAGGACAGCUGUGCCCCCGUCAUGUCUGCCUUCGGCUUCCCCUGGCCGGACAUGCUGGACUGCAGCCGCUUCCCCCAGGACAAUGACCUGUGCAUCCCACCAGCCAGCACUGAGCACCUAGUGCCGGCCACCAGAGAAGCACCUAAAGUAUGUGACGCCUGUAAAAGCAGCAAUGAGGAUGACAAUGACAUUGUGGAGAACCUCUGCAAAAAUGAUUUUGCCCUGAAGAUAAAAGUGAAGGAGAUCGCCUACAUCAAUGGGGACACUAAGAUCAUCCCGGAGACAAAGAGCAAAACCAUUUACAAACUGAAUGGGGUGACAGAAAGGGAUUUGAAGAAGACCGUGCUGUGGCUUAAAGAUGGCCUGCAGUGUACCUGUGAUGAGAUGAAUGACAUUAAUGCUCCCUAUUUAGUGAUGGGACAAAAGCUCGGAGGGGAGCUGGUCAUCACCUCAGUCAAGCGGUGGCAGAAAGGCCAAAGGGAGUUUAAAAGGAUCUCUCGCAGCAUCCGCAAGUUGCAGUGCUAG